GGGAGGAGCGGUGAAUGAUGUCAGAGGCAGAAGAAGAGGGAGGGGAAAAGGGAGAGAAGAGGAAGCAAGUUUUUGUGCAGCUUUUUUUUUUCUUCUUCUCCGAACUAAAGUUGUAGAUAACCGAAAACAAGUGAGGGGGCUCACGGAAGAUCCUGGCGCUGUGGAGGGGAAAGAGAUGAGGGAGGGGGGAGACCACGGCAACGCUCACAACCUCAACACGACAGCUGAUGAGUGUAGUAAAAACUUUAUACUGCAAUAGGCCUGCAGCCUGUUCACAAGUAGGAAAGACUACUACCAGUGCCUUUUCCUCUGCAGACCAUGACUUCAGAGUUGGACUCCAGUCUGACCAGCAUUGACUGGCUGCCCACACUGGGUAUGAGCAGCCUGCGCUCUGGGAAAGAGCGUGGAGACCGGGGAGGAAAGAGGGAGCGAGGGAGAGAGUCUGAACUUCAGGAUGCGUUGUGUUCUCCACCGGGCACGAAAGGAAAACCCCCCCACAGCUAUGCCACCCUCAUCUCUAUGGCUAUCGGAGCAGCUCCAGAUAGGAAGCUCAGCCUGAAUGACAUAUACACCUGGAUCAGUGAGCAGUACCCCUACUACAGCAGGGCUGGACGAGGUUGGAAGAACUCUAUUCGUCAUAAUCUGUCACUUAAUAAAUGCUUCCGGAAAGUUCCACGGCCCCCCGGAGACCCUGGAAAGGGGUCGUAUUGGACAAUGGAUGGGCCCCUAGAACAGAUAACAUACUCUCCCUCCAGUGGAAACAAGCGCCCAUGUCCUGCAGAUGAAAAAACGUCUUCCCACAGUGCUGUGCAAGAGGAAGGGAAAGUGAAACAGACAGGAAAUACCGCACCAGCCCCCGCAGCUGAAUUGUCCCGUCCCCCUGCGUGUAAGAAACGCCCCCCCCCUCUGCCACCCCCCAUACCGGCCUCUUCCGUCCUGCCGCACCACCCCACCGAUGCCUCUCGUCGAGUCCCCUUCGCCAACCUCGACUUUGAAGACCUUUACAGCUCAUUCCAGUCCCUCUGCAGGACAGUGAGAGAGAGAGCCGGAUCCCAGCCGGACACUGGUCUUUUCACUGGGGCGUCUGGUGACCACACACCCCUGCAUACUCCGACCCUGCAGCCACUGACACCACGCCAGUGCCCACCUGAAACCGGACAUGUAUUACCAACUGACUGGUUUAGCACUACAGAUUCCUUAAAGGAGAGCUUCCGAAUUGCCAGCAGUCUGGACUGGAAUAAUAUUGACAUUUCAAGUUACCCUGACCUGGUGGAAAGCAUGCGUCAGGCAGAGGUCUGUGAUUUGGCGUUGGACCCAGCCCUCUUCACAUCCCUCUGUGAUUCGCUGAACCGCUUCUUCACUCAGAAAGGCCUGAUUGGCUCAGCUUCCAGCCCAAACCCCACAGCACCCUCUGCAGUCCAUCCUAUCCUCAGCCACCCUUCCCCUCUCGCCGCUUCUCCAUUACUGUCUGCUCCCACCAAUAACCUCCAUCCACUGCCUCCCAAGAGGGCCGUUUCCUCACACCAUGUCCCACAGAGGAUGCCCAUGACCCAGCCAAGCGAUAACACACCUCUUGCAUCCAACAUGCCUGUCCAGCCUCAGCCUUUGACCCCCAGAAGCCGACCUCCGUUAAGGAAUCUCCAUAGCAACAGUGAAGAGAUCCAGGAUGACUUUGACUGGGAUUCGCUCAUCGUUUGAGGAAAACAGGUUUUGAACAUUACUAGAUACUGCAAACUGCCAGCAGGUUCACCAGUGUCAAAACAGAAAACCGAAAAGAAAAGAAAAAUAUGAGACCAAUUGUCACUAACACAAAUAUUACUUAGGUCUGUAGGGGCAGAGGGUUUAACUUCUUGUAUACAUUACUGUAACGCAUUAUGUUGUAUUAACUUUGCAGUACCGUUUUUCACUAGGUUUUAACCUUAACUAAUGUUUUAUCUAUUCAGUACAUUUUUUAUUAUUUUAUUCCAAUAAAACUUAUAGGCAUGUCAGGUACCUAAUCUCUUUAUGCUUUAUUUUAUUAAUUACACUUAAGAUUUUCAUAGAAGAGUGGAACACUUCAGAAAUGGUAUGAAUUUAGAGUGUUUUUUUAUGAGUGGAGAGGGUAACAUCACAAAUGGAGGCAUGAGAGUCUGGGUACAUGUAAAUAUAAUGUUAAUGUCUCAAUAGGAUGCCCUGUGGAAGCUUCAAAAACACACUAAUGAUCUAUUGAGGAUCUUCACUAAGGUCUGAGUUGGAGUUGGUCUGAGUAAACUGAUUGUUUCAUUUAACAUAAAUGUCUUGUGUUUGGUACAGUGAUUAAAUUUAACAGUGAAAAUGAUUCUGAUUAAAUAUAAAAUCAGUAUUUGA